AGGCAAGGCAAGGCAAGCCAACCCACUCAAAAAACCACUAUCAUGUGGAAGUGGCACUCAACCGAAACCACAUCCAUAAAACCAUCUAUCGGUUUCGCACAAACCCAAUACCCUAGCUCCUCUCUUCUUCAAUUAAAGCGUAAUCUCCUUUUCUAUUCAUACUUCACUCCUGUCCAAGAAUAACUACAGUUGGACUGUUGAUUUCUGUUCUUAAAAAUUUGUUCCGGUAAAUAAUUCAGAGAUUAGAUUUGGUGAAAUGACUCAAUUCAGAUAUGUUUCUGCGGUGAACUUGAGCUGCCAAAGUAAUAUAAUAAACUUUCAGAACUCCCAAUGUACCUGGAGACAUCUUUAUAUUGAUUCAGAUCAGACCAAUACACUUCUAUUUAGAGGUGGUGACUCUAUGGGUCUCAAGUUGAGAAUUCCAAAUAAGCAUUCUAUUGGAACAAGGCGGAGGAAGGAUUUCUGCCCCUUGCAGGUUGUUUGCAUGGAUUAUCCAAGACCAGAACUUGAGAAUACUGUGAAUUUCUUAGAAGCUGCAUACUUAUCCUCAUCCUUUCAUACUUCUCCUCGUCCCAGUAAACCAUUAGAGGUUGUAAUUGCUGGUGCAGGUUUGGCUGGUUUGUCUACUGCAAAAUAUUUGGCAGAUGCAGGUCACAAGCCUAUAUUGUUGGAAGCAAGAGAUGUUUUAGGUGGAAAGGUGGCUGCAUGGAAAGAUGAGGAUGGAGACUGGUAUGAGACAGGCCUACAUAUAUUCUUUGGGGCUUACCCAAAUGUGCAGAACCUGUUUGGAGAACUUGGUAUUAAUGAUCGGUUGCAGUGGAAGGAACAUUCUAUGAUAUUUGCAAUGCCAAGCAAGCCAGGGGAAUUCAGCCGAUUUGAUUUCCCUGAAGUCCUUCCUGCACCCUUAAAUGGGAUAUGGGCCAUCUUGAGGAAUAAUGAAAUGCUGACUUGGCCGGAGAAAAUCAAGUUUGCUAUUGGACUUGUGCCAGCAAUGCUCGGAGGACAGGCUUAUGUUGAAGCACAGGAUGGUUUAACUGUUAAAGACUGGAUGAGAAAACAAGGUAUUCCUGAUCGAGUAACAGAUGAGGUUUUCAUUGCCAUGUCCAAGGCACUGAACUUCAUAAAUCCGGAUGAACUUUCGAUGCAGUGUAUAUUGAUUGCUUUGAACCGAUUUCUUCAGGAGAAGAAUGGCUCCAAGAUGGCUUUCUUAGAUGGUAAUCCUCCAGAGAGACUCUGCAUGCCCAUUGUUGACCAUAUUCAGUCACUAGGUGGUCAAGUCCAACUUAAUUCACGAAUACAAAAGAUUGAGCUGAACAAAGAUGGAACUGUGAAGAGUUUUGUGCUAAAUAAUGGGAAUGUAAUUAAAGGAGAUGCUUAUGUAAUUGCAACUCCAGUUGAUAUCCUGAAGCUUCUUUUGCCGGGAGACUGGAAAGAGAUUCCAUACUUCAGGAGAUUGGAUAAAUUAGUUGGAGUUCCAGUGAUCAAUGUUCAUAUAUGGUUUGACAGGAAACUGAAGAACACAUACGAUCAUCUUCUUUUCAGCAGAAGUCCCCUUCUGAGUGUGUAUGCUGACAUGUCCGUAACAUGUAAGGAAUAUUACAACCCAAAUCAAUCUAUGCUGGAGUUGGUUUUUGCACCUGCUGAAGAAUGGGUCUCACGCAGUGACUCAGAAAUCAUUGAAGCUACAAUGAAGGAACUUGCCAAACUCUUUCCUGAUGAAAUUUCAGAAGAUCAGAGCAAAGCGAAAGUUUUGAAAUACCAUGUUGUUAAAACACCAAGAUCUGUUUACAAAACUGUCCCAAAUUGUGAACCUUGCCGUCCCUUACAAAGAUCUCCUAUAGAGGGCUUUUAUUUAGCUGGGGACUACACAAAACAAAAAUACUUAGCUUCAAUGGAAGGUGCUGUUCUGUCAGGGAAGCUUUGUGCACAGGCUAUUGUAAAGGACUAUGAAUUGCUUGUAGCUCAGGGAGAACAAAAGUUGGCCGAGGUCAGCAUUCUCAGUUAAACCACUUGAAUUGGAGGAAGUUUUUGCAACAGUACCUGAGAAUUACCCAACUAGCGCUUGCAGAUCAAUGGCAUUUUACAAGUUAUUAACCAUUCACCAGUAAAAAUUGGUAUUUAUGCUGUGGCAAUUUCCUAGCUCUUUGAAAGUAACUUCUCUAUAAAAGAAAGCAUUUAAACUGAUCUGAUUUAUUCAUGUUAUAAAAGCAUCCUUUACUUUUUCAACAUUUUUGUGGUCUUCCCAUAAAACAUACAUAGAACGUACCUAAUUGUAAAAACAAUCCAACUGAGAAGAUGGCAAAGAAACUCUAUUUGUCUGUA